AUGCUGCGGAGGAUGCGGUGGCCGCUCAAGGGCUCUCGGGUUAGGCGCGUCUUAGCCUACUCGACUCGACUCAGCUGUUUGCUCCUGCUAUUGUGGAUACUAUGGUGCAUCCUCGCCACCGCACCCCUGAACGGUGGCAGGGAGGUGGCACUGCCGGGGCCGCCGGGCGGUGUUUUUGCCCCUUCGCAUGAAGGCAGUCUUAGCGGGCCUCAGCUGUGGAAGAGAUCACGCAGCAGCGCGUCGGACGGUGGCUCGUUUGCUGGUAGGGGGCCGGAGUCAGCGGCGGUGUGUCAAUCCUCCGUUUGCCGCUUCUGUGAUGAGCUGCAGCUGAACAACACACCGGACGUCCUUCACCCCUCAGUGCUGGAGUACCUUCGCCGCCACGUUCUGAUUGGGGUUGUCACAGGCUCGUAUGAGAAGUUUUUCCGCGUUGACGUAGGCCUCUGCACGUGGCUAGGGCACGUGCCCGCAGCCAAUCUUUUUGUAUUUACGGAUGCCGCAAACACGUCCGAUGGGCGGCACGGCACGUGGGUAGAAACUGAUACCGCCCCGGCCUCUCAGCGAAUGCAGAAGGGGAUGCUGCGGCGCACGGGGUACUCCGUGGGGUGGAUGCGGGCGCAGUAUCGUUUUUUUCACGCCUUUAGCUACUUUGCCAGGCUUACUGGCGUCGGAUCGGAGGUCAGCAAAGGCACCGCGGCGUACCGCGAGGUGCGGUGGGUCAUUGUCGUGGACGAUGACUCGUUCCUUGAGCUUCGCGCGCUCUCUCGAUUUUUGCAUCGGCGAGACUUAAACGAGGUGGCCCGCAUCGCUGCAGGCGUGGAGGCCCCACUGCUUUGGGAGCGGUGCAACCGACCCUCUGGCGCCCGACUGGAGGACGUGGCUGCGUGUCUGUCGCUACCGGAAAGAUGGAGGUGUCUGCAACAGCAACUCCAUGGAGGUGAUUUGCUGCAUCCCGGGAGUCCGGCGCUUGUGGUUGGCAGUGCGUUGUGGAAUGCCACGAUGCACACGCUCCUUAACCCUGCGACGGCUGCCGCGCUGGCCCCGCUGUACGUUGGAGAUCAUGGGUGGGGCGGCGCCGGGCACUUUAUGAAUAUCGCGGCGCUGCGCAACUACGCCCAGAAAGGCGAGGAAACGUGUGUGCGGCGGUACCUGAUAGGCAAGCAGCUGGCGAGUGACACCGCGCUCCACCGUUGUAUCCCCCUGCUGGGCAUCCAUCGCGGCAGUGACGCCGUACUGUCGCACUGUCAGGCCCGAUACCUGCGAGAGCGAUUGCUACAUGGUGAGCUGGUCAGCAUGCACGCAAAGCGAGACAUGGUGCAGCCCACGUAUCUCGCCAUGUGGCGGAUGCGAUUGUACUACCAGGUGUUGUAUCACCGCAACCGCACUGCCUACGACCUGUUGAUGCGUGUGGGGGCAUGCGCAUACGGCUACACGUGCAAGCUGCGCAGCUGCAGAGCCGCCGAGGAUGCAGCGGCUCUGAGCGAAUUUGCUCGUCUGAGCAAUAACGCCACUCGCAUGCCUGCGCUAUAG